ACGUCGCCUCAGACGCUACCCCCGCCUCCUCCUCCCCUCCCCGUCUUCCCGCUCCAGCUUUCGCGCAGGCGCGCUGCGUUCUUUCUUUCGGCCCUAUUGAGCCGCGGCUUGCGUUGUUUCUGUGUAGGUACCCUUUCCAGGCACGUGACCUCGCAGGCGCUUGGCCUAGUUUACCGGGAGUAGAAGCGGAGAACAUGUCCAAGCGGCACCGGUUGGACCUGGGCGAUGACUACGCCACGAAUAAGAAAAGAGGAGAAGGGAAGGACCGAGAUAGAGAUGACAGAUCAAAGGACCGAGAUCGUGACAGAGACCGUGAGCGAGAUAGAGACAAAGAUAAAGAUUCUCGAGGUGCAUCGAAUACUCCAUUUAUUCCUGCUGGUGGAGUUCAGUCCGUGAAGCCAGCAGUGCUUCCCCAAGGUGUCAAUCCAUUCACCAAUUUACCCCACACACCACGUUACUAUGACAUCUUAAAAAAACGUCUGCUGUUGCCUGUCUGGGAGUACAAGGAACGGUUUACAGAUAUCCUCAUGAGAAACCAGAGUUUUGUCUUGGUGGGAGAGACUGGUUCUGGAAAAACUACACAGAUCCCUCAGUGGUGUGUAGAGUACAUGAGGUCAUUACCAGGUCCAAAGAGGGGGGUAGCUUGUACCCAACCCAGAAGAGUGGCAGCCAUGAGUGUGGCUCAGAGAGUUGCUGAUGAAAUGGAUGUCAUGCUUGGCCAGGAAGUUGGUUACUCUAUUCGAUUUGAGGACUGCAGCAGCGCAAAAACUAUUUUGAAGUACAUGACUGAUGGUAUGUUACUCCGAGAGGCAAUGAACGACCCCUUGUUGGAGCGCUACGGUGUAGUUAUACUUGACGAAGCCCAUGAAAGGACUUUGGCUACAGAUAUUUUAAUGGGUGUUUUAAAAGAGGUUGUUCGACAAAGGAAUGAUCUAAAGGUUAUAGUCAUGAGUGCCACCCUUGAUGCAGGCAAGUUCCAAGUUUAUUUUGAUAGCUGUCCUCUCCUCACUAUUCCCGGCCGUACACAUCCUGUAGAAAUCUUUUACACUCCGGAGCCAGAGAGAGACUAUCUAGAAGCCGCCAUCCGCACAGUUAUUCAGAUUCACAUGUGUGAAGAAGAGGAAGGAGAUCUUCUGCUCUUCCUUACAGGCCAAGAGGAAAUUGAUGAAGCAUGUAAAAGGAUAAAACGAGAAAUUGAUGACUUGGGCCCUGAAGUUGGUGAUAUAAAAAUCAUCCCCCUAUAUUCUACACUUCCACCCCAACAACAGCAGAGAAUAUUUGAGCCCCCUCCGCCCAAGAAACCCAAUGGUGCAAUAGGAAGAAAAGUUGUGGUAUCCACUAAUAUUGCUGAGACCUCGCUGACUAUUGAUGGAGUUGUAUUUGUGAUUGAUCCUGGAUUCGCAAAGCAAAAGGUGUAUAACCCUAGAAUUCGAGUCGAGUCUCUCCUGGUUACUGCUAUCAGCAAGGCUUCUGCACAGCAAAGAGCGGGUCGUGCUGGUCGUACAAGGCCUGGCAAAUGCUUUAGACUUUACACAGAGAAGGCAUACAAAACAGAAAUGCAGGACAACACAUACCCUGAGAUUUUGAGAUCCAACUUGGGUUCUGUUGUGUUGCAGCUGAAGAAGCUUGGUAUCGAUGACUUGGUACAUUUUGACUUCAUGGAUCCUCCAGCCCCUGAAACACUCAUGCGUGCUCUGGAGCUGUUAAAUUACCUCGCUGCCUUAAAUGAUGAUGGUGAUCUGACUGAACUGGGAUCCAUGAUGGCAGAAUUUCCCCUGGACCCCCAACUUGCCAAGAUGGUUAUUGCCAGUUGUGACUACAACUGUUCUAAUGAGAUCCUAUCCAUAACUGCUAUGUUGUCAGUCCCACAGUGUUUUAUUCGACCUACGGAAGUCAAGAAAGCUGCAGAUGAAUCCAAGAUGAGGUUUGCCCACAUAGAUGGCGAUCAUCUGACGCUGCUGAAUGUGUACCACGCUUUCAAACAGAAUCAUGAGUCGUCUCAGUGGUGUUAUGACAACUUCAUUAACUACAGGUCCCUGAUGUCUGCAGACAAUGUACGGCAGCAGCUGUCAAGAAUCAUGGACAGAUUUAACUUGCCACGUCGAAGCACAGACUUCACAAGCCGGGAUUAUUACAUUAAUAUCAGAAAAGCUUUGGUUACCGGCUAUUUUAUGCAGGUGGCACAUUUGGAAAGAACCGGCCAUUACCUGACCGUGAAGGACAACCAAGUUGUACAGUUACAUCCUUCUACGGUUCUGGACCACAAGCCAGAGUGGGUCCUUUAUAAUGAAUUUGUUCUUACAACAAAGAAUUACAUCCGCACAUGCACAGAUAUAAAGCCCGAAUGGUUGGUGAAAAUUGCCGCCCAAUACUAUGAUAUGGGCAACUUCCCCCAGUGUGAAGCGAAGAGGCAGUUGGAAAGAAUCAUUGCCAAACUUCAGACAAAGGAAUACUCCCAGUACUGAGGAUCUACAAGUUUUGUUUUUUGUUCCCCCCUCUCAAGAGCUCCGUGAGAACAUGGACUGAUAAAUUUGUACCUUACGUGAUGGUUCAGUGAUGGCAUUGAUCUGAAAGCUUUUUAAUUUUUGUUCUUUCAUUACAGUAAAUCUGACAUUCUUUCAUAAAUGAAACAUUUAUGGCUCCCCUUUGUGUUGACACUGUAGUUCGUACUGGAAACGUCGAUCAAUGUUUUUUGCAGUUUAUUGGAAGUAGUUCCAUAUAUAACAUUUGUUAUAAACAUUUCACUGGAAAUGUUAGACUCCGCUUCUAAAACGUGAUCAGAUCAUGUUAUGCAUGACCGUUGUAACUGUUGACAUUCCUGAUAGAAGUUGUGAAAUGUUACAACUAGUGCGUCUGUAGUCCCAAACAUCAGCCUCAGUGUGGAGGAGGCAUCGGCUUCAAUAAAGUCUAUUUAUAUACUAAAUUGGCUUGACUGGAUGUGGUGAAUGUCAUAAAGUGGAACUAGUUGCCCAAAGGCAUACUAAAGCUUACAGUAAGGCAAUUGCAUUCUUAAGUCCGUGUUAUGGAUACAUUUUUGCUCCCGUAUUACUGCUGCAUAUCCCGGAUGGACUGCAGGUCUGAUGACAUUGUUAGUUUGGGUCAGAUCCACCGUUGGUCCACAACUUGCACCUGUAAUAGGGAUGAAAAAUGCAUCCAUUUUACACUAGUUAAACCUGAACAGAUUAUCUUUUCUUAAAAAGUUCCUGUGAACUGGUUAUUUUCCCUGCAAUGGCCUAUGGAUUUGCUAUGGUGACAGUCAUUGUGUGUUGCUGGUUCAUUGAUCCAGUUUGUUGAGGGUAGAUCCUAAAUGGGGAGCCCCUUCCAAAAUAUUGUCUGUAUGUCCAAAUGAUUUGUUUUUAUGAAGCAGGGUAAUGACACUCUUGCAUUUCCCACUGGUGUGGUUAUUCAGCUUUCAUAUAUUCUUGGAUAUGUAGUGUACAAGUCAUAAUAAAUCUUAUGCUAUAUAUAGUU